AAACCAUUAGAAGAGCUGGUUGAUGAAGACAAAAACCCUGCACAUUAUGGUGAAUACAAAUGGGGUGAAUACUUUGUGUCAAGGAGGACCAGCAAUUUCAUGAAGUUGGACAAGCCUGUGAUUGAGGUUGCAGACUUCAAAAAAUCCAAAUAAGCUACUCUCAUUGUGGCAAAUUUGCAAUGCUUUGUGCCCUUGCUUGCUCUUGCUUUCCUUUCUGUCUUUCUAGUACUAUGCUCUAUCUCUAAUGUUUGUUCGAAUAAGUGGCUUUUGUUCCACAAACUACGUACCUGAUAACGCCCAGCUAUUAUUCAAGUGUUAUGUAGUAUGGUUUGUGUCAUCCUAUUGCAUUAAGGUUGAUAUGUUUGCUGUACUUAUAAUCUCCUUAUCGUUUCAUCUUCUGGUUAUACGUAAGCAUCUCUCUCUCACGUACACAAGAUGCAUCUCUCUCCUCUCUGUUAUAUAGGGCUGCAAUGGUUGAGAUUGAACCACAUACAUCCAAUGGUUCAAAAGAGUUUCACAUUUUAUUUUUUAUUUUUGUUUAUAAAUGAUACUUGUUGAGAAUUUAGAUAUGAAUUUAUUUCUAUACGGAGAACCUAAUUAAAAGAAUGAAAAAUAUUUUGAACAAAAAAUGACCAACAUACACUCUAAAAUAAUUUAAGGGUGUUUUAAACACUUAGCACAUAGAAAUACAUCAACAAAUAAAAUUUUGAAUGAAUAUUAUUCUUAAAUAAAAAUAAAAUAUGGAAUACGAAACUCUGUUAUGCCCAUUGGAUGUGGCUAUGUUUAAUCUAAACCAUUGGUCAUCUAUAUUAUGUGGAGGGGAGGCUUUCUCGUAUAUCUAAUGUGUUGCAAGAUGCACUAAUUGCAGUAUUUUCAAAAAGUUUUUCACAUCCAUGCACAUUCAGAUUAAUACAAUGAUUUUAUAGUAUCAAAACAACCUUCUUGAUUGAACUAUUAAAUGAAGUUUUUUCCAAUAAAUGAAAAGAGUGUACAUUUAAAAAUUCAUGUCAAACAAAUGUCUUUAACAAGGUUUUUGAAUAUGAUUGUAUUAUACUACUAUACAACCGUUGCAUGAAAUCAUUCACAUAUACUCCUGCUAGAUAACACAAGUCCUUUCACGCCCUUCCACCAUUUAUAUUAUGCGAGAUACACUACUUCUAGUAUUUUCAAAAAAUUUUCAAUCCUUGUACUUGGAGGAGGUUAAGAUUAUGAUUUUCUAGUAUGAAAACAAUCUUGUCGACUAAAAUAUUUGAUGAAGUUUUUCCUUAUAAAUGGACUUGAAAAUCACAAUAUUUUUUUAAUGGGUAAUUCAAUGAGGAUGACGAGCCCUUACACAUUUUUUAAAUCGUUAGCAAUUCUUACCGUGAAAAUAGAAACCUAAACUUUUAACUGGUCACAAGUGGUGCUACCCCCUAAACCUAAAACUCUUCUUAAAACAAUUUUUUAAUCACACUCAGCUGACUCAUGCAUGCUGCGCAUUGAUCACACCCGUGCUGCUCUACGCGUCUAGCUCAUAUUUCUUUUUUUGGCGUUAGUUUAUAUCACCAUGUGGGAGCACGCAAUUCCACGGGACAAGAUUUUUUGAAACUCGAAAUGUAUCUCUUCUCACUAUGAGCCAUGCCCUUCCCCUGGUGCUGGAAAAGGGGUGGCACGCUGAUAUCAGUGCUCUCACUAUGCUGGCCCCCGGCCAGCCCAAUGGGCCGGAGAUCAAGGGCCAGGACAAUGAGUGGAUCAAGGCCAAGUCCAUUCCCCACUCCUUUACUAUCCAGAUUGGUGACCUCAUGGAGGGGUACACGAACGGGCUGUACAACAGUGUAGAGAACAGGGUGGUGGUGAGUGGAGAGAAGGAGAUGUAUUUAGUAGCGCUGGCGUUUGUGUCGGCCAUCGAGGCGACUGUGGAGCCGUUGCCUGAUCUUGUUAACGAGCAGAACCCAACCAAGUACGAGACUUUCAACUAUGGCAAGUUUUAUAGGGUGAGGAGGCUCAGCAACUGUGUGAAAUUGGCGAGUGAGAAUGACAUUGUCACCAUUCUCACCUUCAAGAAGCCUACUACUCAAACUCCCACUGCUGCUACUACUGCUACUGUUGCUGUGUAAAUCUUUUCACCUCAAACCACCCUAGUUUCUCCCUCUAUCUCUUAAAAUUUGCUUUAAAGAUUUGAGCCUUCUUUCUCUCUCUUAAUGUUGUCAUUAUGUCUCUUAAUGUUGUGCUUAUGUCUCUUAUUGCUGUAUCACUCCUGUAAUAUGUACGCGUAAUCUGGAUGUUGAGAAAUGAGUUUGGGUAGCAAUACAUGAGCUUUCCGAUUACACUUCUAGUC